AUGGAGCUUUCCCGGCCCGCGGGUUCGCAAAUCGUCGCCGCUUCUCGGCCUCACGCUGGUCAGGAUGCUUCAGCCGCACCUGUCAGGGAGCUUGAGAGAACUAUCGCGGGGUUUCAAGCCAUCUUGACCGACGAGGACCGCAAAAAGCUGCAGCAGCUCAAAACGACGUCGCACGACUCGCAAAGCAUCAUCACUUUCACGGCCGAGUUGGAUCUUCUUGACAAGAACAGGCGAGGGAAGAGUGUUGCCUCGAGAUUGGCUUCUUUCUUGCAGACAAUUGAACAGUUUACGCCUAUAGUCGACACCUACAUCCAAUCGAAUCCCGAUAUCGCGGCGCUUAUCUGGGGCUCAAUUAAACUAACAUUUCUGUUCCUCGCCAACUUCGCAUCCUACUUCCAAUCAUUCGUUGAGCUCCUCCACGGAUUCGGUUCACUUUGCACGCGAUUCGCCGAGUACCAAGUCAUUUUCAAUGAAUCCUCGCGUCUGAGGCGAUCCGUUUGCGAGUUUCACACUUCAGUUGUUACUUGCUGCCAGCAGAUUGUGUUGGCAAUUAGGCGACCCUUGAAGAAUCAACUUGUGAAGGCAAUUACUCAAUCCUUUCAGUCUGAGCUUCGAGGCUACGUGGAGGACAUCAGAGCGAAAGCAGAGGAAGUUCAAGGCGAUAUCCAAUUGGCCAAGGCUCAGUGCGACCGUUUGGAACAGCAAUUGCAAACGACAGAGAGGCAAGACGCUAGCAACCAUCGGAAACGGUUGAUGGCUUGGACUUCCAAGGCGACGGGCGAAAUGGAAGCCUUACAGGCGCAGCGAAGGAGAAAUGAAUCAGAGCAGAAACGACGUCGCUUCCUUGAGGAGCUAUCUUCGUUCAACUUCACUUCAGGCUUCAACAGCACACGAAACAAACGCCAUAUUGGUACAGCGAAAUGGGUCUUUGAAACUCCAGAAUUUCAGAAAUGGGUUGGAAUCGAUGGGUCGCCCGUCCUUCACGUCACUGGCAAAAUUGGGUCUGGUAAAACAGUCUUGUCAUCCUCGAUUGUUGAGAAACUGUCACAAGUCAGGCCACCUCAACAGUUUGUGUCUUUCUUUUUUGUCCGAUUCGAUGAUCCGCUGAGCCUUGAUGCGGACACAAUUCUACGGUCUUGCGUUCAACAACUGAUCUCGGCCAUCAAUAUCGAUAGUCUUGACCAACAGAUAGCUUCUGAACUUGACAAAAGCCUUUCUGAGGCCAAGUGGAGUUUAUUCUCUCUCCAAUCACUUUCGAAACUCUAUUUGUCCGCGGCGCAAGCUAUUGAACACUGGUUCAUGGUUGUUGAUGGGCUGGAUGAAUGCAACAAUGAUCAACAGUCAAGAUUGCUGAGAUUCUUCCAAGGACUUCUUUCAGGCAAUAACACGGCCUGCAACAUAAGCAUUCUAAUCUCAUCUCGAGAGACAUGCACAAACGCAAUCAGAAGCACCUUCCCUGGAUCCCAGCGACUGACAACAGGCCUGAAGAGUACCAGUGCAGAUAUUGGCUCAUAUGUUGACGACAUCAUCAUCGAUAAACUAUCGACUGGGGACCUAGUCAUCAGCGACCCCAACUUGUUGAAUGAGAUUCUAGAAACAAUUGCUUCCAAGGAGCAGGGAAUGUUCCUGUGGGCCUUUUUUGCUAUUGAAGAUAUAUGCUCUCGAAAGACUGACCCUGAGAUUCGGCAAGCACUCCAACUUAUCCCCGCUGACCUUCCUGCAACGUUUGACCGUGCCCUUGGCCGCAUUGUCAAAAGGCGUAAUCAAGACGUCGCCAAGAAGGCCUUUAUGUGGGCAAACGCAACAUUGCAACCAUUGACAUUGCCACAACUCCGCGAAGCGCUGUCUAUCAAGCCUGGCCAACACACUCUGCGCCAGGAGGAUCUCCUUAGCGGAAUAGAAAGAUUACCUGCUUGGUGCGAGAACUUGAUUUAUGUGGAGGAAACAGACAACACAGUUCGUUUCAGUCACCAUUCCAUCCAAGAGUAUCUUUUGGCGUCAAAUUCGGGUGAGCAUAGGGCCCUCCACAUUGACCCCGACCACUGUGAUAAGCUUGCUGGCGAGGUCUGCAUUACGUAUGUCAAUCUUGACAACUUCCAAACGGCACUAGCAGAGAGUAAAAGAGAGCCUCUGACUCCAUCGGCUAUGAAGAUCGAUCCACGUGGAAUAGCUGAACAGACGAUACAAUCCGCCAUCCAGGGUGGCGCUGGAACACGUGUUGGUCGCCUCGCUCGCCAAUUUGUCAAGACGUCGAACCCAAACAGGACAUCUACACAGCGCGUCUUUUCCCUGAGUUCUACCAUGUCAGUUACCAGCAAAGCCCAAGGGACCGCAGACUAUCCCUUUCUCGAAUAUGCUUCGACCAACUGGUUCAAGCAUACCAAGUAUGUGAAUAAAAAGGAGACAGCGAUUUGGAGGCUUUGCGGUCAAUUGGUCCAGAAGCGCGCUAGGCACUCGCAAGGCGAGCCUUGGCAUAGUACGGAAUGGAAGAAGGAAGUCAUGAUGGGAUUUCCAAAUCAUGACAACUCAAUAUCAGAACGCUACCGCCGUGCGAUACGGACUAUGCGUACUGACAUAGUAUAUGAGUCGGACAUCAAGCCGCCGGCCGAGCCAAGCUUCCCUCAGCUCUGCCUUGCUUUCAUGUACGCUGAGCUGAACAGCUACCAUGCGCUCGCAUGUCAUUCUUUCCAGUCGUUAGUAGAAAAUCCUUGGAUGAUACCUGCGUUGGAAAAGGACAAUUGCAUUCUAGCAGCCAACAAGAAUUACGAGGUCUGUCGAAAUGGUUGUGCUGGUCUGAUUCAGACACGUGUUAAUCAUGGCCAACUUGUCGCAGAGCUCAGCAAAGCGAUCGCUGGUGGGAUGGAAUCCUUCCCACCACUACCCGAUUACGAGUCGCAUCCCCUAUGUGGCUGCGUAGACCAACCUCCUCAUGAGUUGAAAUUGGAUAUUUGCCAGGUCUUAAAACUUGGCUAUGACCAAACGAUUCAACCGCACUUGCAGGCUUUCGCUAUUGUAGCAAAAGCACUUGGCAACAUGAGAGAUGGAGAUGUUCCUAACAUCCCCCACAUCUUCGAUUUGAGUAAGACAUGCAAGGAAGAGGUUGUUACUUUGCUUGAAGCUAAAAACAUCCAUGGUAUGCUUUUGGUCGAUAUUCUCAUCCAAGGGCUCCUAUCAGCUGAAAAGUUUUACGAACCCUGGGUCUCAGCUGCCGUCGCCAGAUUUGUGGGACAUGACUCGAGUCCCCGACCCAUUCCCCAGAUGCCACAGGCCUAUAUGUCUGUAAGCCAAUCGAUAGAUUAUACCAUCGACCUUCUAGAUGAUUUGUGUGGAGAGCGCCCCCCAGAUAAACGUGCUCUUCGUGAACUUCGUGACUCUAAGAAGGUUAUGGUUCUACAUGGCGAGACUAUCGCAGCAAUAUUUCGAAGACUCGUUAUCCCUAGACUAUGGCCAACUCAUAUGGCAUCAUAUAUAGUUGAGAUGCUUUUCGGGAUCUCCCUGAAUUCUGAUCUUCAACAUAUUGCCCAUGCUCACGAGGACUCAUUCAGGGAAGCUGUGUGGAACAAUAAUUGGGACAUUGCGGCAGCUCUGCUAGAUAUUCAGCCGGCUUCUCUCGAUAUUUUCACUGGCUGGGGCUAUUUCACCUCCAUUAGAGAAGUUGUGCGGUGUCCAAACUGCUGGCGAUGCACACGAAAUAUGGUCGGGCAGCUAACUUCCAGCGAAAAGCAUCGGUACUCUUUUAGAUUAUGUGGGGGUCAUGUCAGCCAUUUCAAAGAGAUCGCUCGUGCGCUUGGAGAUAUAUACAAUGCUGAGAAGGGAACUUUACUGUGCCCAGGACACAAGACAGAUGCGUUGCCUAAACGAGCUCCAAAGUUGGAAGUGCCAUGGUAUUAA